AUGGCUGACGAGCAUAUGGUUGGUAGUGAAGAUGAUGAUGUUCAGUUUAUGCGAACGGAAGAUCGACUAUGUUUAAGUUGUCUGCCAGUAUCAGCGAUCAAACGAAUGGCUUUAUCGGGCGAAGUAUUUGGAAAUCGGAUGUGCUAUCUUGAAGAUAUAUCAAAUGAGGUUUGUUGUCCUGAUUUGGCAUCAUGUAUAUUCGUACUCGAACAAGCUGUAUCGGUUCGAGCCUUACAAGAAAUGGUCAGCGCAACUUCAACCGAACAGUCGUCGGCGAGCCAAGGGGGACAAACAACAUUUCGAACAUUAUUAUACGGACAUGCUGUUCUUCUUCGACAUUAUCAAAGUCAAAUGUACUUGAGUUGUCUUUCAACAAGUACUUCAAAUGACAAGCUCGCGUUUGAUGUAGGCUUAAAAGAAGAUGCACAAGGCGAAUCUUGUUGGUGGACUAUUCAUCCAGCAUCAAAACAAAGAAGUGAAGGUGAAAAAGUGCGCUUCAAUGAUGAUGUCAUCCUGGUUUCAGUCUUCUCGGAACGAUAUCUUCAUGCGUAUAUGUAUACCAAUGAACGUGGUGGAGUCAAUGCAUCAUUUCGUCAACAAGUAUGGAGUUUAGUACCAAUUUCAAGUGGUGUAGCACGUGUAAAGAAUCCCGGAUUUGUUCUUGGUGGUGACGUAAUCCGCAUUAUGCAUGGUAAUAUGGAUCAUUGUAUAACGACACCACCACCAGAUUCUCAAGUUAUUGAUGAUUCGGGAAGUCUCUUCAUUAAAAGUGGUGCUUCGUGUCAACAAGCUCGAUCGUUAUGGCGAAUUGAAUGUUUCAAAAUAAAAUGGUACAGUGGAUUUGUUGGUUGGAGUUCAUUGAUUCGCCUUCGGCAUGUAACCUCCGGCCUUUAUUUGGCUGUUAUCGGUGAUGAAAAUGGUCCUAAAGUAACCUGUAUAUCGAAGAAGAAUGCAAGUGCAAUUGCCGUGACAUUCGAAAUGAAAAUGUCAAAAGAAAAACAAGCAGAAGAAGUAAGCGAACAAGAAAAUCUCGGUGUACCAACGAUAAAAUAUGGUGAUACAAUUGUUUUUAUUCGUCAUGUUGAUUCGGAUCUUUGGAUUAGUUAUGAAACGUUAGAAUUAACUAUAAAAGGAAUUGGUAAAGUGGAAGAAAAACGAAUUAUCCCAGCAGUUGAAGGUCAUAUGGAUGAUUGUUUUCGUCUUGUGCGAGCUCAAGAACAAGAACAAAAAACGGCUCUAGUCAUUCGAAUUUGUAAUGCUAUUCUCGGUAGAUUCAAUCGAACUGAUCCAAUGUCCAUUGAUGCUGAAACGGCUAAUCAUCUCUUGAGCAAAAGUGAUGUAGUUCAAGCUUUAUUACAAGAUCUAAUUGGAUUCUUUUCUCAACCAUCACCUGCAAUUGAUCAUGAAGAACGGCAACUUCGUUUGAAAGUUCUAAAAAAUCGACAAGAUUUAUUUCAAGAAGAAGGAAUGAUUCGAAUUUUAAUUGCCGCAAUAAAUUUUUUCAGCGAACGAAGAGACAAAUCGUUAUUGCUGGAAGGUGUUGAAGAGAAAAUCGAAAAUAUUACCAAUAAACUCUAUGUCGUAUUGGCAGCAUUAAUCAAGGGUAAUCGUACAAAUUGUUCAAAUUUUGCUCAAAGUGCUCGACUGAAUUGGCUUGUUAAUCGUUUACAAUCACAAGAAGCAUCUAGCGGCGUAUUAGAUGUCCUUCAUAGUGUCCUAGUUGACAGUCCUGAAGUAUUAAACAUGAUUACGGAAUCACAUAUUCUCGCAAUUAUUGCUUUACUCGAUCGCAAUGGUCGUGAUCCAAAAGUACUCAAUGUACUUUGUUCACUUUGUGUUAAUAAUGGUGUGGCUGUUCGUGCCAAUCAAAAUUUGAUUUGUGAAAAUAUUUUACAACGACGUGAUCUUCUUCUACAAACUGCUCUAGUCGAUCAUGUAGCAUGUAUGCGUCCAAAUAUCCUCGUGGGAGUUGAAGAUGGUGAAUCAAUGUAUAAAAAAUGGUAUUUCGAAGUUGUUAUUGAUCAUAUUGAACAAGUAACACAUGUUCAACCACACAUACGUAUCGGUUGGGCGACAACGGACUUUCAACCAUCACCUGGCCAUGGUGAUGGAUUCUCAUCGAACGGAAUUGGUGAUAAUACAUACUCAUAUGGUUUCGAUGGACGAUAUGUUUGGUUUGCUGGACGAGCAUAUGAUGUAUCGAACCGAGUUCUGCUACCUUCGGAUAAUAUGCAGCAUAUUGGCUUUAAAAAGAAUGAUGUUAUUGGAUGUUUAUUGGAUUUAACUAUUCCCGAAAUGUGGUUUUCAUUGAACGGUUUACCAGUUAAAGGUCUCCUGAGAGAGUUUAACGUAACUGGAAUGUUCUAUCCAGCAAUUUCGCUAUCAUCUCGUGUCAGUUGCCGAUUUAUUUUUGGUGCUGAACAUGGUCGCUUCAUCCAUCGGCCGCCGGAAGGAGCCGCUCCAUUGUAUGAGGCAAUGCUAGCUAAACAAAAAGUGGCGAUCGAGCCGUGUUUUUCAUUUGGUAAUAUCGAACGCAAUCGUUUGGAUGGUCCAACCCAAUUUCAACAUCAUAUUGCGUUCACACCACAACCAGUGCGAACCACUCAUAUAACUUUUCCAGCACAUUUGGAGAAUGUUCGAGAUCGCUUAGCUGAGAAUAUUCACGAAAUGUGGUCAAUGAAUAAAAUAUCCUGUGGUUGGCGUUUCGGCGAAUUUCGAGAUGAUUCGCAGAAAGUUCAUCCAUGUUUAACAUCAUUCGAUCGUCUUCCAAUGGCUGAAAAACAAUAUCACACUACAACAGCACUGGAAAAUUUAAAGAGUUUGUUAGCUCUUGGCUAUCAUAUUGGCGUAGAAAUCAAAAAUGAUGAUCGCCGAUUCAAAUAUGUUAAACUGCCCAACACAUAUCUUCAAUCAAAUGGUUACAAACCACAACCAUUAGAUCUUUCAAAUAUUGUUCUAUCAACAAAAAUGGAAGAACUAAUUGAAACAUUAGCAGAGAAUACACACAAUGUUUGGGCAGCUGGAAGAAUCAAAGAUGGAUUUACAUAUGGAAUAGCUGAUAAUCCACGUCAAAAGCGAAGUCCGCAUUUGAUUCCAUAUGCGAUUGUUGAUGAUAGCAUUAAGAAAAUCAAUCGUGAUACAGCGAGUGAAACGGUUAAAACUCUUUUGGCGUAUGGAUAUACGAUUGAACCACCUACAGGUGACGUGGAAGAUCUUAAUCGUCGUAAUCGUGAAGCAGCGAAUGCAUCGUCGAGUGAACGAAUUUCGAAUUAUCGUACAUAUCGUGCUGAACAAACGUUUGCUGUCACACGUGGUAAAUGGUAUUAUGAAGUGGAAUUGUUAACACCUGGUCAGAUGUUAAUUGGAUGGGCACAAGUAUCGAAACUUGAUGCUGCUUCUCCACUUGGAACCGAUGCGCAUGGAUAUGCCUUUGAUGGCUUCCAUUCUCGACGUUUUCAUCAUAAUAUGUCGGAUGGUUUCGGUAAACAAUGGUCGAAAAAUGAUGUCGUUGGUUGUAUGAUUGAUUUACACGACAAGACAGUCAGUUUUUCAUUGAAUGGAGAAUUGAUGUUGGAUAAUUUUGGUAAUGAAACAGCUUUUGAUGGAUUAGAGGUUGAUGGUAUUGGAUAUGUACCUGCAUUAACAUCAUUCAGUGGACAAAAGGCACGAUUAAAUUUUGGGCAAGAUGUUAACACAUUAAAAUACUUCACAUCGUGUGGCUUACAAGAAGGUUAUGAGCCUUUUUGUGUGAAUAUGACGAGAAGUUUAACAUUCUGGUAUUCGAAUUUCAUACCUCGUUUUGAAAUUAUUAAAUCUGACUCAUCGUCGUUUGAAGUGACUCGAGUUGGUGCGAGUCGAGAUAGUUCACCAUUGAUCAAACUUCAAUCGCGAUUAUUUGGAACAUUGGAUAAAGUGGAGUUUGAAUUUCUUCGUCUGUCAUUACCACUUUGUUGUCACGACACGUUCACACCGAAACAGCUGACUCUUGAACGACGACAAAUCGCUUUACAUGAAUAUCUGGAAUCUCAAGAAGAAAAACGUGCAUUCGCUUUUCCACCAACAUCAGGUUCUGCAGUUCGAACCAAAUCAUUUUCACAUGGCACAUCUGACACAAUGGAUUCACAUAUAACUAAUCAAACGGAUACUAAUCCGAAUUUUCUUUCACCAGACACAAUCACCAAUAAAUCUGGACGCAAUGCAACGAAUCUACUAGUUAAAUUUCGCGAUCCAAAUGCAUCCAAGAAAAGUCCAUCACCAUCACCAUCAUCAGCAUCGAUGGCAAAUGGUCAAGGUACUCUAAUGAAUGGUUCGUCUACAAAUGAAUCCAUUGAUCGUUUGGGCAAAAGCAAUCCAAAAGGAUCAACAAGUAAACUUAAUAACUUCUUUCAGCGAUUCUCGAAAGAACCUCAAGCAUCGAAUGAAUCAGCAGUAAAACCCUCAAAGCGUACGGUAAAAGUCAGUGGAACUAGUUCGACCAGUGGUGGACAACCUACUCAACCUCAAUCUGUCUUAAAAGUUCCGACGAUCAAUUCGCCAUCGACAUCUACAAGUACAACAGCAAAAUCAAGCAAUAUUAACACCAGACGAUCAUUUACAGACAACGAAGCCGAACUUAAUGAUCAAACAAAUGAUUUGGAACAUGAUGAAAUUCGCGCUAUUAAUGAACAUGUUCACGAAUAUUAUUACGCCGUUAGAAUUUUACCUGGCCAAAAUCCUCGCUCAGUCUUUGUCGGCUGGGUUACAUCAAGAUUCAAACCUAUUUUACCCAAAGAAGGCCUUUCCGAUGAUUCGUCGAUAACAUCAGCGAUUAAAUUAUCCAAAUUAAUCCGACGUUGUACGAUUACUCAAACCGCCGAAGAUGGCUCUAUAUUGGAAAGUGCUAGUCGACAAGAUGCGUACAUGUUCUGUGCUAGUGAUUUAUUAGAGAAUAUGCCAGAUCAAGAAGCUGUUGCACGACGUGUUGUUAAUGGACUCUUAAUUGGUUGUUUAUGUGACGUGUCAACAGGUCACUUAACAUUCUACGUUAAUGGAAAAGAAUCAGCACAGAAACUUGAGGUUGAACCCGGUACAAAACUUUAUCCAGCAGUAUUUGUCGAACCAACUGUCAAAGAGGUUCUUCAAUUCGAAUUGGGACGUAUUAAAAACUGUUUACCAUUGACUGCUGCGCUAUUUCCCAGUUUGAAUCGUGAGGAGCGUUUUCUUCCACAAUUGCCAUCUCGUUUGAAUGUCCAAUCGCUUGUCCGUUGUCAUUGGUCACGUGUACCGAAUGCAAAUCUCCGUUGCCAACAAUUGAAAUUAUCAGAUGUUCGGGGAUGGAGUGUUUUCGUCGAAGAUCCCGUUCAAAUGGAAGCUAUCUAUGUUCCAGAAGAUGAUCGAUGUACUGACAUUUUAGGUUUAGUUGAAGAUGAAGAUGAUCUCAAUUUCUGUUCGAAUACAUUGACUUUAUACAAUGCAAUUUGUGCUCAAGGAAAUAAUCGUGUUUCACAUGAAAUAUGCAAAUUAGUCGACGAGAAACAAUUGAUGUACUGCGUUAAAAAUCCAUAUUUAUGUGGGCCUAUUCGAGUCGGUAUUCAUAAUCUAAGUUUAACAUCACAUGAAUUCAUUAUUCCAUUGUCAGGUUUACUUCGAAAGAAUGUUUUACUACGGUCACAAAAUUCACCUGAACAACAACAUAUUUAUGCAACAACGACGUAUAUACCCGCAAUGGAAAACUUUCUCUCUGUACGACCAAAAUUAAUCAAAGAAGAAGAUUUUAAAAUCGAACGUGAACGCAAAGUACUUGUUCCACCACCAUUCAAUAUCGGCAGUCUCAAAGAAUACGUCAUGAAUUGUUUAUUUGAUGCGAUUAGUAAAUGUUCAAGUCAUCUUCGCGAUCCUGUUGGUGGCACUUUUUCGAACUGGCUUGUACCACUCCUUCAAUUAGUUGAUGCUCUGCUUGUCAUGGGUUUAUUAGAAGUGAAUGAUAUUCAACAGUUAUUAUAUUUUAUUGAUCCAACAUCAUUCGCAUCGGAUAGCGAUAGACAUUUAGAUGAAGGUUUACUCCAAAUGAGAUUAGACGAGCCCGUUAAACUGCAAUUAUGUUACGUUUUACAACAUCUAUGUAAUUAUCAGUUACAGCAUCGUAUCGAAGCCUGUAUCGCAUUUUCAGAAGAAUUCGUCGGAAGAUUACAAGCGGAUCAAAAACGUCGGUACAAUGUUUUGAAAGAGUCAAGUUUGCCACCAGCAUUAAUGGCAAAGAAAACUCGGGAAUUUCGUUGUCCACCGAAAGAUCAAAUGCAAGCAUUGAUGGAUUUUAAACGCGAGGCAGGAGAAGAAGCUGUCGGUAAUGAAGAUAUUCAAGAAGAGAUCAAAGAAAUGUUGAAGAAUUUCCAUUCGAAUUUACUUGUUUUACAGCAAGUUGUCGAGGCGAAUGAUGAUUAUUCGAAUGCAACCAAAGUCUCGAAAGGCAAUGAGAUGGAUCAUGCAGAACAAAUCUCUUUAUUUUCUCGUUUACUCGAAAUUCUCAUUCGUCAUGCAAUAAGAAAGAAAACUGACAGUGCAGUUAGUAAUCUCGAUAGACAACUAAUGUGGAAACCAGGAAAAACGCUUUCCGAAGUGAUCAAAUCAACUGUUAUUCGAUGGGGUCGUGGAACUCAUAUCGCUGAUCCAAAUUUGAUUCGAGAGAUGUUCAAAUUGAUCUAUAACCAAUACGACGGAAUUGGAGAGAUUUCGCGUUGUCUCGAGCGAACGUAUAUUAUCAAUGAGAAAUCAGUACCUGAUAUUAAAUUGUUACUGCGGAAAUUGAGUAUUGUUCGUGCUCUACUUACCGUACAAAUGGAUGCCGAUGAAGAAGGAAUAAUGAUAUCAUGUUUGAAUGAUAUUAUGGAUAAUCGAGUGUUCUACCAACAUCCGGAUUUGAUGCGGACAUUGUGUGUUCAUGAAACAGUGAUGGCAAUCAUGGUUAAUCGCUUGAAUAAGAGUAAACAAGAACAGACCUCUAUGUCAUCGAUCGGUGAUAUGGAUGGUUUCGCUCAAACAAACGAAAUAGGAGAAAAUUUAGAGAUUCAUCCAGCUAAAGAAGAUAAAGUUGAACUUGUUACAACGUGCUGUAAAUUCUUAUCGUAUUUCUGUCGCACAUCUCGUCACAAUCAACGUGCUAUGUUUGAACAUUUGAGCUUUCUUUUGGAGAACAGUUCAAUGUUACUUUCUCGUCCAUCACUUCGGGGUUCAGCACCGUUGGAUGUUGCAAGUGCUAGUGUUAUGGAUAAUAAUGAGUUAGCAUUAGCUCUACGGGAAUCACAUUUGGAGAAGAUUGCCUCGUAUUUGUCUCGUUGUGGUACAACAAGAAAUGAAGAAUUGUUUCUGCAAGGUUAUCAUGAUAUCGGUUGGGAUCCUGUUGAUGGUGAACGAUUUCUCGAUUUCUUGAAAUUCUGCGUUUGGGUCAAUGGUGAUACUGUGGAGGAAAAUGCAGAUUUAGUAGUUCGUUUGCUUAUUCGUCGCCCGGAUUGUUUAGGCCCUGCAUUGCGUGGUGAAGGCGGUGGUUUACUCAAAGCAAUUCGAGAAGGUAUCGCACAGUCACUUUACAUCGCACGACGACAAAAUCCCGAUGAUCCUGUUAUACAAGCUGCUUAUCAAGAAAUCAUCGAUGAUGAAAGCAUGCAUAAUUUAAAUGAAGAAUACGAUCGACUUCAAGUUCGUUUACCAUACGAAGAUGAUGAAGAAUAUAUCGAUUUGGGUGCAGCUGAAUUAUCUUUCUAUGCAAUUCUCGUGGAGUUAUUAGGACGAUGUGCACCAUCGGAAGAAACAAUCAAAAUGGGUAAACCAAAUGCUGCCAGAGCGAAGUCUAUUCUUAAAAGUUUGGUGUCCAUGCAUGAUCUGGAAGGCGUUCUUGGUCUUAAAUUUCUUUUACCAAAUGAUAAUUCAAUGCCACCUGGCCUUCAACCUUCACAUAAAAUGUCGAUUAUUCUAUUUCUUGAACGUGUCUAUGGUAUUCCUGAUCAAGAAACAUUCUUUCGUCUUGUUGAAGACGCGUUUCUUCCCGAUAUUCGUGCUGCUACAAUUCUCGACAUGGCUGCAAUUGCAGAAAGUGAUAUGGCAUUGGCAUUGAAUCGUUAUCUGUGCAAUAGUGUUAUACCAUUAAUGACGUCACAUGCACACUAUUUUGAUGAUUGCGAACAUCGAGCAUCACUUUUAGAGUCCACAUUGCAUACAGUUUAUCGUCUAUCGAAAUGUCGUUCGUUGACGAAGAAUCAACUCGAUGUUAUUUGUGAUUUUCUACUUUCGUUUGCAAGUCAACUAAAACCGUCGAUGAUGACGCCUUUAUUGAGAAAACUUGUUCACGAUGUACCGGCGUUAACUGAUCAAACAAUUGUACCACUACGAAUGUUAACACAAUGGUAUGAUCGAUGUAGUCGUUAUUAUAGUGUCGCAGCGACAGAAGAAGAAAAACGGUUGACCAUGUUACUUUUUCAAAAGAUUUUUGAUGCACUUGCAUCACGAGCUUAUGACCCGGAAUUGUUUGGCAAAGCUCUUCCAUGUUUAACUGGUAUUGGCAGUGCGUUAUCGCCUGAUUAUUCAUAUUCAUUAAAUCAACAAGAUUAUUUGGAUCAAGAGCGAGAGAAAGCAGAAAUGAGUCGAGUUUAUGAACCUAAUCCAGCAGAUACAACCAACGUGGUAUUAAUUCCUGGACUGGAAGAGUUCGUUAGAGCUUAUGCGGAAAGUGUUCACGAUCAAUGGUCAUAUGCGAAAAUGGAUCAAGGUUGGACUUUAGGUGAACAGAUCAACGAUAAAUAUCGGCAACAUCCAAAUCUGAAACCUUACAAGCAACUUGACCGAAAAGAUACAGCAAAAUUGGAAGAUCCCAUUCGUGAAGCAUUGAAAGCGAUUGAAAAACUACAGUUUCACUUAGAAAAGACUGAUACGGGUAUGACACGUAUUGCAACAAAAUCGCUGCAGAGAAAGAAACAGAAAGAUAAGACUGUACCGGAUUAUGUACCGAAAGCAAUGGACUUUGCUAGCGUAACGAUGAAUCGUGAAAUGCAGGAAUUAUCUGAAGCUUUGGCUCGAAAUGCACACGAAGUGUGGGGAAAACAGAUGAGGAAUCGUCUGGCUGCAAUCGGUGGCGGUCUUCAUUCUCGUCUUGUUUCAUACGAUUUAUUAACGGAUAAGGAAAAACAGAAAGAUCGGAAAUUCUAUCAAGAUCUUGUCAAAUAUCUUAACAUAUUUGGCUAUCGAGUUGUCAAAAAAACAUCGGAUGAUGAAGCAGCAAAUAACGCCAUUGCCGGACUUGUUUCAUCAACAUCAUCUCUAACGGCAAUAAGUGCAUCUCCAACGACGGAAAAACGCUUUGCUUACAGUUUAUUGGAAAAACUACUUGAAUAUGUUGAACGUGCGUCUUCAACAAUGCAAAACUAUAAAGAGAGUUCCAAGUUCUCUCUACAUGAAAGUUAUCGUUUAUCUACAAAGGACGUGAAAUUUUUCGGCAAAGUCGUGUUACCACUUGUUGAAAAAUACUUUCAAGCACAUCGAGAUUAUUUUAUUACUGCACCAUCAUUGAAAACUGGUGGUAGUUAUGCGACAGUGAAAGAAAAAGAAAUGAGUUGCAGUCUUUUCUGUAAAUUGGCAUUUCUACUUCGACAAAAAUUUAGCGCUUUCGGAAACGAAGUGAAUAUAUCAGUUCGCUGCUUGAAAGUACUCGUACGUGCUAUUGAUGUCAGCUCGGUGAUGAAAAAUAGUCAAGAAAUGGUUCGAGCGUCAUUGUUACCGUUAUUUAAUAAUAUUGCAGAAGAUCUCAAUCAAACUGUACAAAACCUUGAACAAAAGCGCUUCAGCCAUAUCAAAGGCACAUUACAACGUGGAACAACAAGUUUGGCUUAUGUUCAUAUGGUUCUUUUACCGGUGCUUGCAUCAAUGUUAGAUCAUUUGGGAAAGAACAACUAUGGUGUCGAUGUAUUCGAAAAUGAAAUUCAGUUAGCUGGUUAUAAAAUUCUAAAUGCGUUGUGGAUUAUCGGUACUCAAGGAACGACAUUUGUUGACCGCGAAUGGAUCAUUGAAGAAUUAAAUCGUCAUCGACCACUACUCGGUGACUGUCUCAGUUCAUUUGCAUCAUGCUUUCCUAUCGCCUUCUUCGAACCUGAAUUCAAUGGAAAUAAUAAACAUGCAUCAAAUAUCUCGCAAUUAUCACCUGAAGCUAAUGAUGUUAUGACAAAUGUUGCUAGAACAGUGCCACAUUUGACGAAAGUGAUCUCGGAUAUUGAAGAACAUUCGGAGGCACGAAUUAAAUACGAAGAUGUACCUCAUGUAGUCGAAGUUAUUCUUCCAUGUGUUUGCUCAUAUUUACCAUACUGGUGGUCAGUUGGACCACAACGAACGAAACAAUCAAAUGAACUCAAAGUAACGAAUGUAACUGUGGAACACAUGAAUUCAGUCUUGGGAAGUGUAUUGAAAUUGAUAAAUAACAAUAUCGACGCACCUGAAGCACCAUGGAUGAAACGAAUUGCCGGCUAUACUCAAGGAAUAAUUCUUAAUUCAUCAACAAGUUUAUUAGAACCAUACUUUUUACCCGUUUCACAACGCCUGAAAGCGAAAUGUGAAGAUUUAUACGCACAAGAACAAUCUCUGAAACAUGCAACACGUUUAGAAUCAUCUGAACGUGAAGAUCUCGAAGCCAAUCUAAUGAAAAAUUACGAAAUUCUCGUUCGUGAUCUUUAUGCUUUCGGACCGUUGUUAAUCAAGUAUGUCGAUAUGCAUCGAUCUUAUUGGUUAAAAAAUGGUGAUCUAUGUGCUGAUCAAUUGUAUAAUAAUAUGGCUGAAGUAUUUUCAACAUGGUGCAAAUCAAAAUACUUUAAACGAGAAGAACUAAAUUUUGUUAGUCAACAUGAAAUUGAUAAUACAAGUAUGUUAAUGCCAAGUGGAACAAACCAAUCAAACGCUGCGGGAGCAAAUUCGUCGGAUGGUUCAGCAAUGAAGAGUGCAAAUGAGGUGUCAAACGGAAGUGCAGUGGGAGGAAAACUCAAACGAAAGAAACGUCGAUUAGAUAAAGAAAAAUUUACCUCGCUAAGUGUUGCUUGUAUAAAACGAUUGUUGCCUAUUGGAAUGAAUAUGUUUGGUGGACGAGAACAAGAACUUGUUCAAUUAGCUAAACAUAAGAUGAUCGACACGAAGAGUGCGCACGAUGAAAAAAUUGAAAAUCCAACUGAAGAACAAAUGAUUUUGGAUUUAACGAGUGAUCAAGAAGAAACCAUCGAAGAAUUCCUUCGUGAUAUCUUUUUUGCUCAAGAACAGGGCGAAGUUGUCAAUAGAAAUAAUUGGCAAAGUGCGUUAUAUCGAAAGAUCGGUUCGAAAUCUCAUCAAACUGGUAUUGUCCAUUCACAAGCAACCUCGAUAAAAAAUAUGUUAAAAAUGGCGAAAGUUUUGUUUGGUUUAAAUCUUGUCGAUCAUCCUCCAACACAUAAUCGAGGAACAUGGAGAAAAUUAGUUUCAUCUCAACGAAAGAAAGCUAUCAUGGCUUGUUUUCGUAUGGCACCAUUACAUUCGGUUCCACGACAUCGGGCAAUGAAUAUGUUUCUGCGUGCUUAUCGAGAAUUAUGGCUUGAAGCAGAAGAAGAUAUUCGUGCACGUUUGAUCGAACAACUUUGUGAAGAAUAUCAGGAAAUCAAUGAUCAAGAAGUGACAACCAUUAAAGAAGAAAAUGAAACGGAAACGGAAACGUUAACGUUAACCAUGACCAUCAAACCGGAUCCAUUGAGACAGUUAUUGCAAUGUCUAAAUCGAGCGGCAACAACUGCUCAAGUGUUUUCAAUAACUGAAGAUAUUGUUUAUCUAUCAUAUUCGACUAUAAUGAGCAAGAGCUGUGUGAUCGAAGAAGACGAUGAUGAUGGUGGAGCAGAAGAAGUCAAAUCAUUUCAGGAACAAGAAAUGGAAAAGCAAAAGUUACUCUAUGAGCAAAAUCGACUGGCUAAUCGAGGCGCUGCUGAAACUGUGCUACUCUAUAUCAGUGCAAGCAAAGGUGAAAAUAACGAAAUGCUCCAACGAACGUUACAACUCGGUAUAUCAUUAUUACAUGGUGGUAAUCGUGAAGUUCAAAAACGAAUGUUGGACUAUCUAAAAGAGACAAAAGAUGUGGGAUGUUUUACUUCACUAGCAACUUUAAUGGCUAAUUGUAGUGUAUUAGAUCUCGAUACAUUCGAACGUUGUAUCAAAGCUGAAGUAUUGGGUGUUGGUGCUGAAGGAAUGGCGGGUGAAAAGAACUUGCAUGAUGCGGAUUUUACCAUAUCACUCUUUCGUUUCUGCCAAUUAUUAUGUGAAGGACAUAAUCUUGAAUUUCAAAAUUAUCUCCGUUCGCAACCUGGAAGCAAUACCAAUGUGAAUAUUAUCAUUUGCACUGUAGAUUACCUUCUGAGUUUACAAGAAUCGUUGAUGGAUUUCUAUUGGCAUUACUCUGGCAAGGAAACAGUCGAUGCACACGGAAAGGAAAAUUUCUGUCGUGCAAUCAAUGUUGCUAAACAGGUGUUCAAUACACUAACUGAAUAUAUUCAGGGUCCAUGUCCACAAAAUCAAUUGGCGUUGGCAAACAGUCGUCUGUGGGAUGCUAUUUCAGGUUUUCUUUACAUUUUUGCUCAUAUGCAACGCAAAUUAUCUCAAGAUCCGAUGCAAAUCGAACUUCUGCGGGAACUGAUGAAAUUGCAAAAGGAUAUGAUCAUUAUGUUAUUGUCAAUGCUUGAAGGCAAUGUUCUCAACGGUCCAAUUGGUAAACAGAUGGUUGAUACAUUGAUUGAAUCUCAAUCGAAUGUUGAACUAUUACUGCAAUUUUUUGAUAUUUUCCUCAAAAUGAAAGGUUUAACAACAUCCGAAGCGUUUCAAGAAUUCGAUACGAACAAAGAUGGAUUCAUUUCACCGAAAGAAUUUCGUCGAGCCAUGGAAGCGCAAAAAAUGUACACAACUCAAGAUAUUGAUUACAUCUUGAUGUGUGUCGAUACAAAUCAGGAUGGAAAAAUUGAUUUCAUGGAAUUCACCGAACGUUUUCAUAAUCCCGCGAAAGAUAUUGGUUUUAACAUGGCAGUUCUACUGACCAAUCUGUCUGAACAUAUGCCACAUGAUAUACGUUUACAACGUUUAAUGGAUAAAGCGAAAAGUUUUCUCUCGUACUUUCAAGAAUAUCUUGGUCGAAUUGAAAUCAAAGGUGGAGCUGGUUAUAUCGAACGUGUUUAUUUUGAAAUCACCGAAUCUAAUAUUGAACAGUGGAAUAAACCACAUAUUAAAGAAUCGAAGAAAGCAUUUUUGCAUCUGGUGGUGAAUGAAACCGAUGAUAAAGAGAAAUUAGAACAGUUUAUCAACUUCUGUGAAGACACGAUUUUUGAAAUGCAACACGCAGUUGCACUCAGUGGGGAAGAAGAUGAUCAAGUUACUCAAACAGCGACAUUCUCCGAUGAGGAAAUUGGUAAUAAUCAUCCAACUACAAAAGAACCUGUUAAACUCGCUUUAUCAUACACAUGGACUGCAAUCAAAGGUAUCUUUCAUCUACUUCGUCCAUCAACAAUACGAAAUGGCUAUCAACAAUUUCGUCAAAUGACUUUGAAAGAUAUGAUCAAAAGUCUCUUUGCAUUGUUUGUCAAAUUUCUUCAUUUACUAUUAAUCAUCUUCGUUUACGCAAUAAGAACAUUGACAUAUUGUGUAUGGAAUUUAAUGGUUGGAGAAGAUCAACCGGAAGUGAAACAAGAACGAGUCGCUUUGCCACCACCAGUGAAACGGCGAGAUCUACAUAUGCCUUCGGUGAACAUCUCACAGAUUGGAUUUGAUACCAGUGAAGAAUCAUCGACCGUCAAUGCUUUUGGUUUUGGUCUUGGUCUUAGUUCUGAUCCAUCACCGAAACACAAACUCACUUUGAACGAAGAUUCGGUCAACACACUCAAUUUUGAUAGCGUUCAAACCUACGAUGUCGACCAAAAAUCUCUUUAUGUCAAUAAUAUGGACUCAACAAAUGGACAAUCAAUGCCAACAUCAGUCAGUACCACUGCACACAUUACUCCGUUAACACAACAUACACAGCAUCAACAUACAAUAACAGCUUCUGUACCACAUCAACCACAAUUGACAACAACUAUUCAAAUGUCGCCAAAUAUGAUUGAGAAAUCGAAACAAGCACUUGAAGUUAAUAUUCAAGCUGAAUAUCAACAAAAAAUUGCGAUGAAUAGUGGAAAUGGUCUGCCAGUCGAGGAUGAUGAUUUUAUUCCACCCGAACCACCUCCGCGAACCGAUUACGGAAAGAAAAUAUUGGCGCUCGUAGCACGAAAUUAUCAUCAGUUGAAAUUUAUGGCUUUGUGUCUCGCGUUUGUUAUCAAUUUUCUGAUGCUCUUCUACAAAGCUAUGCCAAUGGCGGCUGCAGCUAGUGAACCCAUCGCUUCUGACGCUAUCGAACGAAUUGAUGAAGAUGAUGAUGAAGUUAUUAUGAUGGAUCCAAAGAAUUUCUAUAUGGUUUAUCUCUUACGAAUAAGUGCAUUUCUACAUUCAUGUAUAGCAUUCUUGAUGAUGAUUAGUUACUAUAAACUGAAAGUGCCGUUGGUAAUAUUCAAACGUGAGAAGGAAAUUGCUCGUAAGCUAGAAUUUGAAGGCGCUUGGUUAAUCGAUCAGCCAAGUGAAAAUAAUUCGUGGAUAUUAGCUUAUCUAUCACGUGAAUGGCAUAAAUUAGUGAUCAGUUCGAAAUCAUUUCCUGAUUCAUACUGGGAUAAAUUUGUGAAGAAGAAAGUUCGGAAUAAAUAUUCGGAUCAAUUUGAUUAUGAUGAAUUGAGUCGGUUUCUCGGCAUGGAGAAGAAUGAUACACCGGGAAAAUUCGAAAUUGUUAAGCCAGUCGAAACGGGCUUAUGGGGAAAAAUUCAAUCGAUUGAUAUACGAUAUCAAGUUUGGAAAUGGGGUGUUAUUUUUACGGAUAAUUCAUUUCUUUAUGUAUUCUUCUACUUCAUUUUUUCUGUUAUUGGCAAUUUUUCAUAUUUCGUCUUUGCAAUUCACUUACUCGAUGUCGCAAUUAGUGUUAAAGCACUAAGCACAAUCUUGAAAUCAAUUACGCACAACGGUCGACAGUUGCUUUUAACAAUUAUGUUAAUGGCUGUGCUUGUUUAUCUUUAUACAGUUGUAGCAUUUAAUUUCUUUCGUAAAUUCUACACGAAGGAAGAAGAUGAAGAAAAAGAAGAAAAUUGUAAAGAUAUGUUCACUUGUUUCAAGUUUCAUUUAUAUUCGGGUAUACGAGCUGGUGGUGGUAUUGGUGAUGAAUUAGAAUCACCAAAUGGCGAUCCACUUGAAUUAUAUCGAAUUGUUUUUGAUAUAACAUUCUUCUUUUUUAUCAUCGUUAUUCUUCUUGCUAUUAUUCAAGGUUUGAUUAUUGAUGCAUUUGGUGAUCUUCGAGAACAACUUGAUUCAGUGAAAGAAACACUUGAAUCUAAAUGUUUCAUUUGUGGAAUUGGGCAAGAAUAUUUCGAUAAAGAACCGCAUGGAUUUGAAACGCAUACAACGGCUGAACAUAACUUUGCAAAUUAUAUGUUCUUUCUAACGCAUCUUUUGAAUAAGCCAGACACAGAACAUACUGGACAGGAAAGUUAUGUUUGGGAAAUGUACCAAAGUCGCAAAUGGGACUUUUUCCCUAUUGGUGAUUGUUUUCGACGCCAAUAUGAACCGGGAGGCGGGGGAGCAACAUCAACAGAAAGUUAA